GUAUGAAAAUUAUGUAAAAAGAUAAUUAUUUGAUGAAAUAUGCACAUGAAUUGAAUUGAAGUCGCUUGAUUUGAUGGAAUCAAAGUUAUUUGUUAUAGUGAUUUACCAUGGCAACAAUGUAAACAAUGAUUAGACAAUCAAUGGUUGUGGGUGUUAGCAGAGUGUGUGUUCUAUUGUCAAACAAUGUCAUUUGACAUUCGAACAGCAAUUUGUAUCCGUUGACAAUAGAAAUGUUUUGCACAUAUUAACUGACUCAAUGCAUGAAACCCGUUUCAAAAAUGUGCGCCAUUCAUUUCGUUUGUCCCAUUUUUUCCUCGUUCAUGUUGAUAAGGGAAUGAAUGGCAGUUGAUAACAACUGACCUAUUCCUUCGCAUUACAUCAUUCCAAAUCAACUGUGCACUUUAACAGUGUUCUUGUGCUAACUUUUUUGUUUGGAUGUGAAUUUGCGAGCUGCGCGCAAUAUGAAGCGGAGUUUAAUUUUUAUUUCAACUUAUUUGAUCAUUUUCACCGUUUAUUGUUCUGAAGGCGAUAAGAAAAUAGUCAGCAUCGAUGAAGACUAUAUAAAAGCAUUUCGUGCAAAGUACUACGAGGAACCAGUCGAAAAAUUGGAUGACCUAAAUCCAAAGUCUGAAGAUGUGAUUGGAAUUUUUAGUCAAAUUAAAGAUCUGGAGAAGAAAGGCUUCGAUAUGCUUAACACCGUGCCCGAAAAUGGUGCAACAUGUUCCAUUCAAGUUAAAUUCUACAUCACAGCAGUGAUUGAUCGAGCCAAAGAACAGACUGACUAUUGCGUUGUAAAGAAUGUGAAGAAAGAAAGUCGACGCGAAUUAAAUAUCGAACAGAAAAAUUGCACAUUGGACGUUUUGGAAUCGGCGCAAAAACAAGUUGACGGAAUGUUAGCGACAGUGGAACGCUGUAGAUUGGUUGAAUGAUAACCGUUUUAAUCAACAUUCGUAUUGCGGAAGUGGAAUAUUCAGUGCAAAUGUUGUAAUCAUUAAAAGAUUGUCAUUGUUUGAGAAUGUGAAUAAAUGUUCAACACUGAAUUUCGCUCAAAUUACUACUUGAAAUACGAUACAAAAUUCAUUUCGUUUAAUUUUCCAAUCGUUUGAUUCUAUUUAAAUCUUUGUGCAUUCUACUACUACUUCAAACUGAGAGAAUGACAGCUAAAUAUGACGUUUGGUUUGACGUCCAAAAAUUUUGUUUAUGUUUACCUCGGUGAAAACAUGAAAGCUGCAUAAAAACCUCUUGCGUGAAUCUAUUUAGUUGAAAAACAAGGAUGGAAGUGCUGAUUUUUAAUGGAAUAACUUAUAAAACUCCAUCUCAUUCGGCUUUUCACUGCCGUAAAAUAUUCCAUUCAAUGGAAAAAAAACCGACUGAAGAGCUAGAACAAUGGUUUUUUCGAAUAGAAACAGCAAUUGCUGGCUGUGAUUUCGGAGAUUUUACCCAUUUCAUGUUGAUCGAUAAAUUUAUUUGUGGAUUAAGUGAGGAAAUAUUCGAAAAAUAUUCCAAAACCAGUGUAUUGGACGUAGAACAACUACUAUCAAUUGGAACAUCAGACACAUUCCUUCUGAAUAAUUCCUUUGCCGGCACCAAAUUCGAACCAAUCAAAGACAUCGAUGAAUUACUUUCGCUGGAAAUAGUUGGAAGCAACGUUUUGAAUGGAGAUGAAUAUGAUUUGAAGAAUGAUAACGGUGCCCAGUCAAAUAAUGACAUCUAUCCGGAAGAUAGUCAAAUAAAUGAAGAACAGUUGGCAGAAGAAAUCAUGGAAUCGGACUUGAUUGAAAACGAGGAAGAUAAUCCCAAAAUGAGUGAUUGCCCUACAGCUCUAGACAAACCACUUCAAACUCAUAUCAAAGGAUUUCUGAUUGAUGCACAAAAUAGGAUCGUAUGCUUGGAUUGUGACAAAAUUUUUGCGUUGAAAUCUUCAUACAACAUACACAAACGAAUUCACACUGGCACCAAUUUACAUCGAUGCAAAGUAUGUGAUAAGAUUUUUACCACCCGCAGCAAGAUGCUACGACACAUGCCAACGCAUGAUAAUGAUGGACGCAACUUUGAAUGUUAUUUGUGUUCGUUUCAGUUCGAUCAAUUUUAUGCUUUGCGAAUACAUUUCAAUAUGAAACACUUGAUGUCGAAAGAGGAUGCAAUCCACUGUACCAUUUGCAAUCCUAAGAGGACAUUUUUGAGCCGAAAUGCGUUCGAUCGUCAUUUGAAAGUUCAUCAAGGAUUGACGCAAACACACAAGUGUCCACACUGUGACAGAGAAUUCGAAAAACGUGGCAAACUGAGUGAGCACAUACACGUUCAUUCAGAUUUCAAGCAAUUUGUCUGCGAAUCGUGUGGAAAAGCCUUCAAGACACGCAAACAACUGAAAUUACAUUCGCGAAGACACAGUGAGAAGCCGUUGAAGUUCAAGUGUGCAGAAUGCGGUCUAAUGUUGACAUCGAGCUUCUCAUAUAAAAAUCAUUUACGGCAGCACACUGGAGAAAGACCAUUUGCGUGCGAAAUCUGCCAGAAAACAUUCGUUCAACGGGCCAAUUUAUUGAGGCACUUAAUGGUGCAUCGAAACGAAAAACCACACAGUUGUUCCGUGUGUGAAAAACGAUUUGCCACCAUGUAUCAUUUAAAAAUUCAUAAAUCAGUCCACACGGGCGAAAAACCAUACAAAUGCAAACAAUGCGACCGCGCAUACACACAACUUGGUACACUCAAAGCACAUCAAGCCAAAGCACAUUCGAAUUCAACACCUGGAAAUUCUGAAUUAGAUACAGUUAAUUUGCAAGCUGAACACUUUUGUAACAGCAUUGGUAUCCUGCAACAGUGUUCGGUUCCGAGUAAAUUCCCGGCAUUUGAACGGAAUGGUGCCCAACAAUCAUCACAAAAUACCCAAGAAGACUAUGCGCAAUUGUUUUCAACACUUAUCUCAAGAUGUGCUAAGGAUAUCGAUACGCUGAUUGAAUCGUUGCCCAAUGAAGAUAGUUCACAAGAAUUACAAGCGCAAAGUUUUCAACGUUUGGAAAUGGAAAAUCAAGAAGCCGCAAAACGUUUAGAAGAAGCUAUCGACCGUGGUCAGAAAACACUGGAAAAAAUUCAGGCUGCUCUCAGCGAUAUCGCACAAGCCCAACUUGAUAUAUCAUCAUCAGUGCCAAUUCUGUAUAAAAUGAUUGUGUACAAAACACCGACUGUCGCUGCUUUUCAUCAUCGGCAGCAGUUCCACGCUACACAAAAAACGCAAGGUGAAAGUAUUUCCGAUUGGUUCAAGCGGCUUCAGAAUUUUAUUGCGAAAUGUGAGUUUUUGGACACAUCGGAUUACAUGCUCAUCGAUAAAUUUGUUAGCGGUCUCAAUGAAACGGAUUUCGAGAAACUAUCACAAGUUGCCACUUGGACUGCCGAAGAAUUGGUUUUGGUUGUAAUCGGUAAUGCACACAUUUUCAAAAAUCUGCCCAUCAAAGACGAACAACAAGCUAAUGACAGCCACGAUAUACCGCCUGUUGAAGUGAAAGAGGAAUGUUACAUGGAUAUAAAUAUCGCCGCGAAUGAUGAAGCAGAUUGUGAUUUUGACCAUGGCGAUUCAAACGACAUGGAAUCAUUGGAAUUUAUGAAAACUGGUGAUGAAACGCCAAUUGCAAAUAAUGACAAGUCCAAAUUUAAGAAAAGGACACAUCGGGAGAACAGUGUACGAGCUAAGAAGCACGUGGAAAUGUUGAAACGAACUGGCCGAUAUGAAGAGUACAAACGAAAGAAAGCGGUUAGUGCCAAAAAUCGAAGAAUGAAAGCCAAAGAAAACGAACAGUAUUUACCGCCGGAGCUACAGUUGCAUCUAAUAAAUGAGCGUCGACGUGCGACACGUGAAAGAGUGAAACGGUGGCGUGAACGUAAAACACAAAAACCCGAAGAUCUGAAUGAAUCAAUUCCAGCAGAAGUAGCCACUGUCAUUGUCAAUGAAUGUUUGGAAGCAGAAGUACCUGAUGUGGUCAUCGAUAAACCGAUUGAAGAGGACAACCUACUGUUACAGCCAUUGGAACGAAGACGCAGUGGAAGAAAAACACAAUACAAGAAGCCGAAAACGGUCAAAAGAAAAUCAAAAUACAUAAAGAAGCAUCGAGAGUUUGAAUGUUACUUGUGUUUGUUGAAAUGUAAGAGGAUGUAUGAAUUGAAAGCUCACUUGAACGUGUUUCAUCCGGUGGAAAAGCGGGAAGUACUCAACUGUCCUCACUGUACUAAAACGACGGUUAGUCGAGAGGUACUUAGUCGGCAUUUGAGAAAGCAUCAUGGUACAAUUGAAAUGCACAAGUGUCCCUGUUGCGACGAGGAUUUCACAAGACGAGGUCAGCUAAGCGCACAUUUAGCCAUUCACCCAAAUUACCGGCCAUUCAUAUGCGAGACGUGCGGCAAUGGAUUUAAAACCAACAACGAACUUACUUCGCAUUUCCGAAAGCACACCGGCGAGAAGCCAUUCAAGUGUGGCGUGUGUGAUAUGUUCUUGGUAUCAAGAUCAUCGUAUCGUAGCCAUAUGUUGGUUCACACCGGUGAACGGCCAUAUCCGUGUAAGCUGUGCGACAAAGAAUUCCGGCAACAAUCAAGUUUGCGCAAGCAUUUGAUCUCGAUCCACAAUCAAGGUGAAAAACCUUACCUAUGCACCACAUGCAAUAAACGAUUUUCAUCGAUCUACCACUUGAGAAUUCAUUCAAACGUUCACACAGGUGAUCGUCCGUAUCUAUGCAAAUACUGUAAUAGCACCUUUAGCCAACCAUCAGCACUCAAGGCGCAUGUUGAACGAAUUCACGAGAAUAAACGGCGCAAUCGAAAAAUGGACGAGAAAAUCAUGGAUAAAAAUUUAAUUUUAUCGUUGCCAAAAUAAAAAACUUCAUUUAAUCUGGGCGAUUCACAAAGCAUA